GGCGGAGGGGGGCGGGCGGGGGCGGCGCCGUCCUCGGCUGUUUGCUGCAGCGUCUCCCGGAAGGAGCGAGCCCCGCGGUGGUCUCCUACUGGCUUCUGUCUUCGCACCCACGGGGAGCGUCGCGCGGGGGGCUCCGGCAGCGCGGCGGGGCGUGCACGCGAGCCUCUUCCCCCGCGUCCGGGUGCGUGGUAGAGUCCGCUGCUUCAUUUCCCGUGCGCGGCCCGCGCGGUCCUCCUUUUCCUCUGCCGUCCAGCGUUGCCGAUCCUUCCUCUUUGGUCGCCGCGUCCUUGUCCUUGGCUGGCGUGAAGAUGGCCACAAACUUCCUGGUGCACGAGAAGGUCUGGUUCGACAAGUUCAAAUACGACGAUGCAGAGAGGAAAUUCUAUGAGCAGAUGAACGGGCCCGUGGCUGGCUCCUCACGCCAGGAGAACGGCGCCAGCGUGAUCCUCCGUGACAUCGCGAGAGCCAGAGAAAACAUCCAGAAGUCCCUGGCCGGGAGCUCAGGCCCUGGGGCCUCCAGCGGGCCCAGUGGAGACCACAGCGAGCUGGUCAUCCGGAUCGCCAGCCUGGAAGUGGAGAACCAGAGCCUGCGAGGGGUGGUACAGGAUCUGCAGCAGGCCGUCUCCAAGCUGGAGGCCCGGCUGAGUGCGCUCGAGAAGACCUCGCCCGCCCACCGUGCCACAGCCCCACAGACCCAGCACGUGUCUCCCAUGCGCCAAGUGGAGCCUCCCAGCCGGAAGGCGGCCACGGCCACAGAGGACGACGAGGACGACGACAUUGACCUGUUCGGCAGUGACGAAGAGGAGGACAAGGAGGCUGCCCGGCUGCGGGAGGAGAGGCUGCGGCAGUACGCCGAGAAGAAGGCCAAGAAGCCCGCCCUGGUGGCCAAGUCCUCCAUCCUGCUGGAUGUCAAGCCUUGGGACGACGAGACGGACAUGGCCCAGCUGGAGGCCUGUGUGCGCUCCAUCCAGCUGGACGGGCUGACCUGGGGCGGCUCCAAGCUGGUGCCUGUGGGCUACGGCAUCCGCAAGCUGCAGAUCCAGUGCGUGGUGGAGGACGACAAGGUGGGCACCGACCUGCUGGAAGAGGAGAUCACCAAGUUCGAGGAGCACGUGCAGAGUGUGGACAUUGCCGCCUUCAACAAGAUCUGAGAGCCCCGCCCCGCGCCUGAGAGCGCGAUGCCUUGCAGCCAAUAAAGACUGAGAUUCCA